AUGGAGGAUAACAAUGCAUCACUUUUUUUACGUGAAAAAAAGGCAAAAAUUGAAAAGGCUUGCUUAGUAGUAAGAAAAUUGAAAGAGGUGCAUUCAGUAAGUUUCACUCAAAAUCUUUCAUCGGUAUUGUUGGACCCUAAACGUUCUAGAACUGAAAUACAAACAUUCUUCACUAGACAUUGGGGUGAUUCCUUCGUACCCAAAAAUCGUAUACCACCAACACCAUCUUUACCAACUAUAUUGGAAGACCAUUUCAAGAAGUAUCUUGACACUACUACCAAAAAGUACAAAAGAUGUAUGAAAGCAAAAUGUGAGCUUCAGCGCACGCUAGCACGACAUGAAGAAGAUACGCGUAUUGAUGCUGAAGAUAUACCAAAAAUCCUUCUUGAUCCAUAUUUUUCACUGGCCGAUCCAACAACUUUUGAAGCAGUUUUCUUAGAACCAGUUAAUGGAGAGACUGAUAGUUUAUAUGUCAACGGUAAACUAUCUACGGCCUUUCUCGAUCACCACCGAUGCGCUAGUGACGUAUCACUAACACCCAGCAGCUCGAGUAAUUCAAUUGAAGUAUUGUGUAAAACAUACGAAGCAGCGAAUGGUCGCUAUUUUAGACCUUAUGACGGUCUACAGAAGCGUCUUGAAUUUUAUCAUGACCUGGUCGAUACGAGACUAAACAAUCAGCUGGCUUUAAAAUCUAAUGCUUUUUGGAAAACAGUGAUAUCAUGUGGUAGUUUAAAUAGCGAAUUAGCUGAUGCUUUAGGGAAGGUAGCACUAAUCAGGAAAAGUUUACAAGAAGUGGAUAAUCAGUUAUAUCAUCGAAUAAAAAGUAUUACCAACAUAUUCGAGGUGCGCAAGCAGCACAAAAAAUUAUUGGAUAAGUUGCGUGAGAAAGUUAAAAAUUUUGCGUCUACAUUAUGUGCUACUGCUGUAUUCCAGGAUAUAGCCUGCCUUCGAGAUGCUCAGCUAACUGUUCAGACGCUAUUAAAUCAGAACGAUUAUCCAAAGGCUCUAGAAUGCAUUGACACAGCUCAAGAUGUUUUAAAUAACGAAUUGCGAGGUGUUAUCUGUUUUAGACAUUUGGAUGUACAGUUACAUGAACUGCAUAGAGUAAUUGCAAGAAUGCUUUAUGAAGAAUUUGUAACUUUAGUACAAAAGGAACUUAGUCGACCGUGUGAAAGUGAAAAUGAUGUUGCUUAUCAAGAGGGACAACUGAAUCCAAUCGUGAUCGGUUUAUUGCAAGUGAAGGAAUACCGAUUUAUUCACGUUUUGCAGCAAGAAAUUGUUAUCACAUUAAAAAAUUUGCUGAGACAGAUCAUUAAAGCACAUGUUGUGCAAAGUGUUAGUGACGAUGGACUUACAGAGUUUGAUCCCUCACUUGGUAAUUUGUGUACCCAAAUGCGAAGAUUAAAUUUUGACCAAUGGUUCACUACCUUACGACAUGUUCUUCACGUAUUUUAUUUAAUGUGCUGUAGAGUGCAAAGCAUACAAGAAAUUAUCCUUGAUAAUACUGAUCAUUUUUUGCAAGUUCUAUCUAUAAGGUCGAAGAAAAACCAGGAAGUUAUUGUUGAAAAGGAUUUAACUCAAGAGUCUAGCGAUAUGAAGAUUUCGUCGAAUCCAGCAAAUGAGCCUUCAACUUUAGUGGAAACGUGUGCUUGUGAAAAUUUCGAAAAAACAGCUACAGAAUUAAAAGCAGAAAAGAAAAAUGUAAUGGAGGGAAUAGCGUCAGGAACGAAAACUUCUGUCUGUAAUCCAGAGUUAGAUGUAGAACAAGGUAUAGGUGAUGCUGAAAAGUUGCUAGACAUGAAUCAACAUGUACCGUCAAAUGAACAAGACAGUGAUUUUCUAUCGGAGAGUAAUACGUUAAAUACAAUACUGACAGCACCAGCAGCAUCAACUCCUGCAGCUUUUUUGUCAAUGCCGUGUCGACAUAUCAGCCAGAUAAAGUUGUCAGUAGCGUUGCUCACAGAACACGCAGCAUAUUCGGCUCAAGAACGCAGCUCUCGUCUUUUAGUUGCAAGGUCGAAGGAUGGUUUUCUUGAACGAUUAUCCUUGUCAGAAUUUGACAAUGUUUUACGUGCUAUCCGGGAAUUUGUUAAUAACUGCGAUACGUUAAUUGGCACCGAAAAAAAAUUUUCUAACCCUUUAGAAAUAUGUGUUCUUCAGCAAAGCAAUCAUUUUAUCAAGAAGUUUCAUGAAGAUCGAAAAAAUAAACUCAGUAGUAUCUUGGAUACGGAAACUUGGCGUGUCAAUGAAGUACCGGAACACUUUCAACGACUUGCUGAUCUAUGGUUACAGAAAAAUCGUUUGACGGAUGUAGGAUUGUCAGAACAGGAACAUGUAGCUCCUUCAAAGCCGAAUUUAAUAGUUGGAAAAGAGUCAUAUGUAGCCGUAGGGACAGUCUUUAUUCUGCUGCAAACGAUCGCUCAAUAUUGUGAUGCUUUAGAAGUGCUUCCAGAAUAUUCCUCUGAACUUCUGAUGCAUGUUGUGGAACUAUUAAAAAAUUACAAUAGUCGCAGUUGUCAGCUAAUUCUUGGAGCAGGUGCUUUACAACUGAUCGGUCUUAAGUCGAUCAGUGUCAGGCAUUUGGCUCUUUCUUCAAGAUGUCUUCAAUUAGUUCUUCGAUUCGUACCAUUUAUUCGAGACGCAUUUCAAGAAAAACUUCCUGCUGACAAGCUGCCUUUGCUGCGACAUAUUGAUCAAUUAGUUCGAGAUUACAGUGACCAUGCGCAAGAAAUUGUGAACAAGCUUAUUACAGUGAUUGAUCAUCAUCUGGAUGUGCAACUUCAAACAUGGGAAGUCAAAGGUUCUAUUCCAUCGCCUACAUUCCAACAUAUGUGUCGACAGCUCGGGAAGUUUUACAAUGGGCUAACGGGUAUCAUGCCGGAAAGUAUGAUCAAGGAGUUGUUCUUACGUGUUCAUGAGAAUUUCAAGAAAAUUUUGAAAAUUCAUCUAAACAGACUGAAUAUUUCACCACAUGAUUCUCUCACGUAUGGAUGGGUAAGUCAAGAAUAUUGGUUUUACAUUAAAAGCUUGCAGUCGAUGCCUUGCUGCUCGGACCUGAGGGAAGAAUCAAUUAGCGAAGCGCUUUUUUCAAAAAAUUAA